AUGGAGUCGCCCCCUUUCGCGCUCACGCUAGACUGUCUCUUGGCGCCCAGUCCUGCGAGGCGUGCAUGGCCUAACUUGUCCUCAACCCCGACAAGAUCCAUCAUAUUCGCUAGCUACGCCCCUGAUACGAAAUCCAACAGCGGAAGAGUGCAUAAACCUGCAGAGCUUGGGCGGACAAAUUAUUUCGAGAUGUCUACCAUGCUUGUCGGCAGUGAAAUGAGCAUAAGACAUCUUGUGCAGGAUGCCGGACAGGGAAACCCAGCCGUCCCAAACUAUGGAUAUGUCCCUCAAAGACCCAUUGACAGGGUGGGAAUGUCGAGUACACAAGAUCGCAAGCGCGUUAUGUGUCUUAUGAGCGAUACUGGUGGCGGCCACAGGGCUAGUGCCCAGGCAUUGAAAGAUGGAUUUGAAGUGCUUUAUGGGAAUUACUUCGAUAUCAAUGUCGUGGACUUGUGGAGCAGUAGUUCGCCUUGGCCUCUUUGUAACAUGCCAAAGAGCUACUUCUUCUUGGUGAAGAAUCCUUGGCUUUGGAGGAUGAGCUUUCGAUGCUCAGAGCCAGAGGUGCUUCAUGAAGCACUGUUCACGGGUUACACGGCUAUCGUCGGAAGACGUUUCGCCCAAGCUUUCGAAGACUACAAACCGCACUUAAUCGUCAGUGUACAUCCGCUCAUGCAACAUGUGCCGCUAAAAGUUCUGAGCCGCAUGAAAGCAGCCGUUAGCUUUACAGCAGCCAAAGUGCCAUUCACGACGGUAGUGACAGAUCUUACCAGGUGCCAUCGCACAUGGUUCCACAAGGACGUGGACAAAUGUUUUGUUGCCACUCAGCUUGUUGCGGCACAAGCCAUGAAUGCUGGUCUUACUUCAAACCAGCUUUCAUGCCAUGGUCUGCCGAUCAGACCAGCAUUUAAUUUACCUUCCAAGCCAAAAGAUGAAAUCUGCGAUCAACUUGGGAUCGACUCGGCUGCCCCCACAGUCAUGUUGAUUGGUGGUGGAGAAGGGAUGGGAAAGCUCGAAGCGACUGCUGAAGCUCUCGCAAAAACGUUAUCUUCUUCACAUCAAUUGAUCAUAAUAUGUGGUCGGAAUAUUAAAUUGGCAGAAAAACUUUCUUCCCGUGCAUGGCCUUUGCGGGUACUCGUCAAGGGCUUUGUGAAUAACAUGUCUGAAUACAUGUUGGCUUGUGAUUGCAUCAUAACAAAAGCCGGCCCCGGUACAAUAGCUGAAGCUUUAAUUUGUGGCCGGCCAAUACUUCUCAAUGGUUUUAUUCCAUGUCAAGAGGAGGGAAAUGUUUCUUUUGUUUUGGACAAUGGUGUUGGUUCUUACAGUGAAAUGCCUGAGGAGAUGGCAGACAUCGUCGCUGACUGGUUUAGAGGUGAUCGCCAAGAGUUGAUUAACAUGUCGAGGAGAGCGAAAUUACUUGGGAGACCGGAAGCAACUUUCGACAUUGUGCGAGAAUUAUCAGGUAUGUGA